AUGGCCGACUCAGAUACACACACGGCCUUUUUCUACGGCACGUUGAUGGCCCCCGGCGUUCUUCACCGCGUGAUCAAUGGAACACACAACCCUUCCGAAUCGCAGGCCUCUCGUCUGACGGUCCGUCCUGCCCUGUUGAAAUCCUACACGCGCCAUCGCGUCCGUAACGCGGACUACCCUGCCAUAUUGCCUUCGCCCGGCGACAGUGUAUCGACGACGGCCGCGUGUGUCCGUGGUAGCCUCGUGACGGGCCUGACGUCCGCCGACCUCUACAGACUCGACAUCUUCGAAGGGGAUCAGUACGUCCGACGCCAAGUCCGGGUGCAGGUCCUAAAGGACGUUGGGCUCGACGAGAUGGCUCCCACGGACUCCUCCGCGCAUGUCCUUGAAAAAGAUGUCGAGGCCGAAACGUACGUGUGGGACGAGGGGGAAGAUACCCUCGAGCCGAAAGAAUGGGACUUCGAGGAGUUCAAGCGGGACAAGAUGAAGGCUUGGAUGGGUAUGGCGCAGGGUGAAGGGGUAGAUGUAGACGAGGGGUUUGCCGAUGUGGACCGCGCCGUGGCGGAGCAGGAAAAGGCACGUCAAGGGCAAGGACAGAAUCAUGAUCCUAUGGGAGGACGAGGUGCGAAUGGGCAUAUCACGAGACAAUUGAAAGAGGCAGCCGUAUAG